AUGGAGCUGGCCGAACGGUUCCUGCUGGACGCGCUCGCCUACCUGGAAUGCGCCCUGGGCGUCGUGUGCUAUAUGCUGCUGAAGCUGCGGGGCUCGCCCUACGGGCGCUACUCGUCGCCCGGCUCCGCCUUCGGGCUGCCGGCACGGGCCGCAUGGGUGGUGCAGGAGCUGCCCUCGCUGGCCCUGCCGCUCCUCGCCUGCGCGGGCGCGGGAGCGCCGGCCGAGCGCCUCAACCGCUGGCCCAACUGCAUCCUCCUGGCCAUGUUCCUGGUCCACUAUGCGCAACGGACCUUGGUUUUCCCCUUUCUGAUCCGGGGAGGGAAGCCCACGCCACUGUAUGUCUUCCUGUUGGCGUUCGUCUUCUGCACCUAUAACGGCUACCUGCAGAGCAGGUACCUGAGUCAGUAUGCAGUGUACGCGGACGACUGGCUCAGAGACCCCCGGUUUCUAACAGGUUCUGCCUUAUGGUUGAUAGGCAUGCUGAUUAACAUCCAUUCAGAUCAUGUCCUGAGGAACCUCAGGAAACCGGGGGAGACUGGCUAUAAAAUACCAAGAGGGGGCUUGUUUGAAUACAUAUCUGCAGCCAACUACUUCGGAGAAGUCGUGGAGUGGUGUGGCUACGCCCUCGCCUGCUGGUCCAUUCAGGGCUGGGCUUUUGCUGUGUUCACCUUCUGUGUCCUGUUCACUAGGGCUCAGCAACAUCACAAGUGGUACCAUGAGAAAUUUGAAGAUUAUCCAAAAUUCAGAAAAAUCAUGAUUCCGUUUUUGGUUUAA